AUUUUGGAUUCAUUAUUGUGUGACUUGACCAUAGGAGUCUUGUUCUGUUGAAACCUUUUUAACUUUUAACAGUUGAUACAUCAUUUGGAAAGAUGUUAUUCUAUCAUUCUCGAGCUGUGCCAUACCAGCCAUCACAUUUUUAUGUGCAAUGGUUCAACUUGUAAUGAUUGUUGAAACAUUUAUUGCAAGUCCUUAAAAUAACAUGAUGAGAUGCUUCUGAGGUUGACUGCACAAUGUUGCUUGUCUCUUUUUUUAACUUUCAGUCUACACUCAUUUUUUCAGACAAGCCUCACUUUCACGUCAGUAUUUCUAAACUCCCACUCAUCCACAUGAUCAGAAGAAGCUGGCAGUUUGUAAGAUUUGUCAUACGGAACACUUUGAAAAUCACCAAUCUUCAUUCAGCAAGAUUAAAGAGAUUUAGGGAGCAAAAAGGGAAGUUGACCUUUUGGAAAGUAUGAAUCAUCCACUAAAUAUAAUCGUGGUUCUUUUUGCCCUUUUGGCCUUUUUAAGGAGUUUGUUUUCUUUACAGUUUACAUCCUUAAGAAUAGAUACGUGUUUUUUGAGUGUUAGCCAUUGCAAAACCAGAGACAAACUAUGAUUUUUCAUUCCUUUUUUAACAUUGCAAAACUGGGCAUUUUCCUUAAUUUCUCAGUGAAUGAAAAGUAAAAAAGAAUGAAAAAAUUCAGUCCGGCGCAGACAUAUCUAUAUGAAGGUGUACGAUUUGAUGCUCAUCCAGAUUAGGAUUGUUUGACUUGGAACUUUAAGUCAUGGUCAUUUCAUUUGCUUGCGUUCUUUCUUUCAGUUGCAUUUCCGCUUUAUAGUAAAUAGCCUCUCUCAUUUAAGGAUGUGAUGGCCACAUAAAUGUCACUAAUUUUGAAACUGGAUGCAAAAUCUGAUUUGGGAAUCUGUGCCAAAGUGUGGUUGCUUAAAGGUAAAAUCCCAGAAGUGAUCAUUCUUUUCUGCUAACACUCGGGCUGGGCACUCGUGUCGGGACCUGCUAAGGUGAUCUAAUCGGACGCACCGCGCCCUCUAACUCACGUCACUGUGAGAAGGUAACGUGUAAACUCACUGGCCAUCUGCAUCAGCAUGACUCAAAGAUGUAGGGAUUUUACGAGUGAUGAAAUCAGAAACCUUGUGUCAUCAUGCACUUGGUUUGCUUUGGACAUGGUUACCUGAUGUAGAUAGGUGAGACCACAAGAAUGUACUGUGACGAGAAAUUGUGCAACAGACUGCCAGAACCUACAGUAUAUGCGGCAACGUGAGGAAAAUGGGGUGUUUAUGUAGUGGUAUCCAACUUUCCCACCUGAAUGAUUUCUGCAUAUGUGAGCCACUGAACCUAAAUGAUGCAUUUGCAUUGGAAAUUGUGUCUGCUCUUUGUAUUCAUCAUUUCAUCUGUACAAAAAUGUGUUUUUAUUCUGGUUCACUCUCUUUGCUGAGAAAUGUUAUUUGUGAAUUUAUUUGUGUUGUUAAGGAACUGACAGGCCGGCUCUCAGGAGAUUAUCCUCUGCUGCCAGGAGAGAAGCCUCCACAGAUCCGGAGACGCAUCGGAACUGCUUUCAAGCUUGAUGAGCAAAGCAUCCCCCGGGGAGUGAAGGAGUCGGCCCUAAAUCUUGUGGAUGCCGAGUUGGCUCUUCAGUUUAAGAUCUAUGAGGCAGCACGCAAGCUUUGUGAGGAGAACCACCUGAGUAAGGCUGUUAGAAAGAGUCGACUGAAGCAAUCUCAGCGAGAGGAGAAGAAACUCAAACAUUUACAAGAGACUGCUUUCCAUCUGCGGCUGGAGCACGGCCGAUCAUCACCUCUUCCUGCUUUUAAUAUCCCACGACAAGAUCUUGUUGCGUCUGAUGACAGCUCUUUAUCUGAUUCAGUGGUUCAAGACGAAGAAGGGCCGAGUGAGUCUUCACAGCCAUCCUCAGUCCUCCCAUAUUCAGGAGAGAUGGACUCUCCACAGCCAUCCACUGUGUCUUCAAAGUCCUACACAGACGGUUCCUAUCGAUCACCAUCUGUGGGGCCUCAGACACCAAGCUCAUCGCCUCAUCCUAGCCUUGACCUUUCAAUGAGUUUUAACUCAAGCCCCGCAUAUGACCCGCCUCCGAUCCAGCACUCCCCGUGGUCAGAGACAAGCCUUGACCAGCCAUACCAAAAGAGCAAGAAGUCACGGUCCUUCUCCAAAGAAAGUCCAGCCAAGAAUGAGUUACUACCACCACUGGAGGCUUGCUUGCCACUUUCUGCUCUGCCACAGCAGCUCUCCCAUUUGAAACUGAGCCGUACACAGUCUAACAGCACGCCUUCCACGUCCGAGAUGCGCAUACACAGGCAGCUCUCUCUCAGGAUAUCUAACCCUGAAUCUUCACUCGGACCAGACAAGGACCGUGGUCGCGCCAGGGGUCGAAGGAGGCGACUGACAGAUUUCAACAAAAUACCCUCAGAAGCUUCUCCUCUAAUGUUUAGUUGCGUAAACAAUGCAGGCUCUGAGGAUAGCAACUCCGAACACUCGUUUGCAUCCUACAGCAGCUCCCCCAGUCAAGAGCUGCCUUGUGAUUUGCCUAAACACUAUCAGGCUGCCUCCCCGCUCUCUGCUCCAUUUGGUAGCUACGGACCUCAAGCCUCCCCAAAUUCUGGAGUUUACCACAGUCCCAGACACCAGUCCAAUCUAAGUGUCCACAAAGCCUAUUACAAUGAGGAAGUGGUUUACCCUCCGUAUGUAGACAUGCCAUGGAGCUAUUACACCUGUCAGUCUCCCUGCCCCCCCAGCAGAUAUGAGUACCGCUACAAAGAAGCUUCUGUGCCCCUGCAGAGAGCAACAAGGCAUUUGGCUCCUGAUAGCAGUCACUCUCCCCCCUCAGCACAAUGGGAUCAUCCACAGUACCACUCCAACUGCCUCCCACGGCAAGUGGUGAGCGAACAGCUGAAAUCGUGGCACUGGCGCAGUCAGCUCAAGGGACCCAGAUCACGUUCACUUGACAGACAGGGAGCAGUAAGGGUAAAAAGCAUGGCGGCUCUGGAGGCAAUCCGAUAUCAAAAUCAGAAGUACCAGGAGCAGGUCAUUCAAAGAAGAGCUCUUCAAUUGUCCACAAAUGACUCUCAAGAACACUGGCCUGUAGACGAUGGCACUCACUAUAUGAGUCAAGUGUGACACUGUGAGAGUGAAUCGGUGUGGGCCAAGUGAGAGAAAUCUUACUUGAUUUCAUUUGGACUCGUUGAAAAAAUCAGCAGUUGAAUAAUCAAAUCUCACCUGUAUGGGGGAAAACAAUGCAGGCUAUAUAUGAUUUUGUGAUGUUUUGAGAUAAGUGUCACAAAUUUGGAACGUGAACAUAUGAACUGAAGGGGCCAAAUAACCAUGGUUACUUACAGCAGUGUUUUACCACUAGGUGUCUUCAAACUGACACCAUGUUGACCAUACUAUUUCAAGUACUUGUAUGAAGAAUAUGAACCACCAUUCUAAGAUAUUGUAAAUGACUAACGUGCCCUAAAGUGUAGGUAGAAUAUUUUUGUGGUGCUGGAUCAAUCAGCAUGCCAGUUUUUCUACUUUGAAAUUGGCAUAAUAGUCUUGUUUACCCACAAUUACUUUUUUUUUUUUUUUUUUUUUAAAUAUACCAUCCAUCCAUUUUCUGAGCCGCUUCUCCUCACCAGGGUCGCGGGCGUGCUGGAGCCUAUCCCAGCUGUCAUCGGGCAGGAGGCGGGGUACACCCUGAACUGGUUGCCAGCCAAUCGCAGGGCACAUAGAAACAAACAACCAUUCGCACUCACAGUCAUGCCUACGGGCAAUUUAGAGUCUCCAAUUAAUCCAUGUUUUUGGGAUGUGGGAGGAAACCGGAGUGCCCGGAGAAAACCCACGCAGGCACGGGGAGAACAUGCAAACUCCACACAUGCAGGACCGGGUAUUGAACCCGGGUCCUCAGAACUGUGAGGCUGACGCUCUAACCAGUUGCCCACCGUGCCGCCUUAAAUAUACCAGUUCUUGUUGAUUACUGAUGUGCCCAUGACUUAACUAGUUGAAACUAUGCUGCUGCUCUACUAACACACAGUACAUAAGAUUCAAAGUAGCAUGGUAUGAAAAAAGACGAUGCUUGGCAGCUAUGUACAUGUCAAAUGAAAAUAUGUGAGAUUGUGAUUACAGACCAAAUUUUAGUUUGGCAAUGUGUCACGAAGUAGAAGUUGCUACAGUUUAACGACAUUCACUCACAGCCUCUUACUGCGAUAUAUUUAUCUGUUAAUUUAUUUGUGCUGUGAAAUCAACUGAAGUCAGACUUGAAAUCAGUGAAGCUGCAGGGUGAGUUUAUGAAUGCAUGAUGCAGUAAACAAUUGUAUAAAAGUGCCCAAAAUCAUGUUUCCUUGUGUGCAUUUUUAUUGUCUUAUUUUUUUAUUUAACCAUUUUAGAUGCUGUGGUUAAAAUGAAACUCUUGUUGUAAUAUUGUUGCAUAUGCGGAAAUGUUUUCAUGUGGAAUAAAGUAUUUUUACGACUGUA